AAGCAGCCUUCACAACUGCGUGUGCCUCAAAGUUGUCUUUUUUCUCUUUGGGCAGGGACUUCACAAUGAGCGUCCCUGACUACAUGCAGUGUGCUGAGGACCACCAGAUGCUCCUUGUGGUGGUCCAGCCCGUGGGGGUUGUCUCAGAAGAGAACUUCUUCCAGAUCUACAAGAGGAUUUCCUCUGUGAGCCAGAUUAGUGUGCGGGACUCCCAGCGAGUGCUGUACAUCCGCUACCGGCACCACUACCCACCUGAGAAUAAUGAGUGGGGCGACUUCCAGACCCACCGCAAAGUCGUGGGCCUCGUCACCAUCACAGACUGCUGCUCGGCCAAGGACUGGCCACAGACCUUUGAGAAGUUCCACAUGCAGAAGGAGAUCUACGGCUCCACACUCUACGACUCCAGGCUCUUUGUCUUUGGGCUGCAAGGGGAGAUCGCCGAGCAGCCGCGCACCGAUGUGGCCUUCUACCCCAACUACGAGGACUGCCAGACGGUGGAGAAGAGGGUUGAGGAUUUCAUCGAGUCGCUCUUCAUUGUGCUCGAGUCUAAGCGUCUGGACAGGGCCACCGACAAGUCCGGGGAUAAGAUCCCCCUGCUCUGUGUCCCAUUUGAGAAAAAGGACUUUGUAGGACUGGACACAGAUAGUAGACAUUACAAGAAGCGGUGUCAAGGGCGCAUGCGGAAGCACGUGGGGGACCUGUGCCUGCAGGCGGGCAUGCUGCAGGACUCCCUGGUGCAUUACCACAUGGCCGUGGAACUUCUCCGCUCAGUGAAUGACUUUCUGUGGCUUGGAGCUGCCCUUGAAGGGUUGUGUUCGGCUUCUGUUAUCUAUCACUAUCCUGGUGGGACUGGUGGCAAGAAUGGAGCUCGCAGGUUCCAUGGGGGCUCACUUCCUGCCGAGGCAGCCAACAGACAUCGACCAGGUGCCCUCACCACCAACGGCAUAAAUCCUGACACCAGUACUGAAAUUGGACGUGCUAAGAACUGCCUUAGCCCUGAAGACAUAAUCGAGAAAUACAAGGAGGCCAUCUCCUACUACAGCAAGUACAAGAAUGCUGGAGUGAUUGAGCUGGAAGCGUGCGUCAAAGCUGUGCGUGUCCUGGCCAUUCAAAAGCGGAGCAUGGAAGCUUCCGAAUUUCUCCAGAACGCCGUUUACAUUAAUCUCCGACAGCUCUCUGAGGAGGAGAAAAUCCAGCGCUACAGCGUCCUCUCCGAGCUCUACGAGCUCAUCGGCUUCCGGCGCAAGUCCGCCUUCUUCAAGCGCGUGGCCGCCAUGCAGUGCGUGGCGCCCAGCAUUGCGGAGCCCGGCUGGAGGGCCUGCUACAAGCUCCUCCUGGAGACACUGCCGGGCUACAGUCUGUCGCUGGACCCGCAGGACUUCAACAAAGGCACGCACCGAGGCUGGGCUGCAGUGCAGAUGCGCUUGCUUCACGAGUUGGUCUAUGCCUCCCGGAGGAUGGGGAACCCUGCCCUGUCCGUCAGGCACCUGUCCUUCCUCCUGCAGACCAUGCUGGACUUCUUGUCAGACCAAGAAAAGAAAGACGUGACUCAGAGCCUGGAGAGCUACACGUCCAAAUGUCCUGGGACAAUGGAACUCAUCACCCUCCCAGAUGGCCUCAGCCUGCCACCUGUGCCCCUCACCAAACUGCCCAUCGUCAGGCAUGUGAAACUGCUGAACCUCCCUGCCAGCCUCCGGCCACAGAAAAUGAAAAGCUUGCUCGGUCAGAGCGUGUCCACCAAGAGCCCCUUCAUCUACUCACCGAUCAUCGCCCACAGCCGCGGGGAGGAGCGGAACAAGAAGAUUGAUUUCCAGUGGGUCCAAGGAGAUGUAUGUGAAGUUCAGCUGAUGGUUUAUAACCCCAUGCCAUUUGAACUCCGAGUUGAGAACAUGGGGCUCCUCACGAGUGGAGUGGAGUUUGAAUCUCUUCCUGCUGCACUUUCCCUUCCGGCUGAGUCUGGUCUUUACCCAGUGACGCUCGUUGGGGUCCCCCAGACGACGGGAACAAUUACUGUGAAUGGGUACCAUACCACCGUCUUUGGCGUCUUUAGCGACUGUUUGCUGGACAACCUCCCGGGAGUAAAGACCAGCGGCUCCACAGUCGAAGUCAUUCCUGCGCUGCCCAGGCUCCAGAUAAGCACGUCUCUGCCCAGAUCUGCACAUUCCCUGCAACCUGCCUCUGGUGAUGAAAUAUCUACGAAUGUGUCUGUCCAACUUUACAAUGGAGAAACUCAGCAACUUGUCAUCAAGUUGGAAAAUAUCGGAAUGGAGCCCUUGGAGAAACUGGAAGUCACCUCCAAAAUUCUCACCACCAAAGAAAAAUUGUACGGUGACUUCCUGAGCUGGAAACUAGAAGAAGCCCUUGCUCAGUUUCCUCUACAGCCUGGCAAGGUGGCCACGUUCACUGUUAACAUCAAAGUGAAGCUGGACUUUUCCUGCCAGGAGAAUCUCCUCCAAGACCUCAGCGAUGAUGGAAUCAGUGUGAGUGGCUUUCCCCUGUGCAGCCCCUUUCGACAGGUCGUGAGGCCGCGAGUGGAGAGCAAAGCAGCGAACCCCCCUGAGGGCAGCAAGCCCGGGGACCCGAGCCUCGCGAAGACCCUGGAAGCCAUCCUGAAUUUUAAAUACUCCGGAGGCCCGGGCCACAUUGAAGGCUAUUACAGGAAACUGUCCCUGGGGCUGCACGUGGAGGUCGAGCCGUCGGUGUUCUUCACCCGAGUCAGCACUCUGCCAGCGACCAGCACCCGGCAGUGCCACCUGCUCCUGGAUGUCUUCAACUCCAUGGAGCACGAGGUGACAGUCAGCGCCCGCAGCAACGAGGAGCUCACCCUGCACGCUGGGGAGUGCCAGCGAAUGGCUAUUCAAGUGGACAAGUUCAACUUUGAGAGUUUCCCAGAACCCCCUGGGGAGAAGGGACAGUUUGCAAAUCCAAAGCAGCUGGAAGAAGAGAGGCAGGAAGCUCGAGGCCUGGAGAUCAGCAGCAAGCUGGGCAUCCGUUGGCGAAUCCCCUCGCUGAAGCGCACAGGGGAGGCAAGUGUGGAGGGACUCCUGAACCAGCUGGUCCUGGAGCACCUGCAGCUGGCUCCCCUGCAGUGGGAUGUGCUGGUGGAUGGACAGCCGUGUGACUGCGAGGCGGCAGCCUGCCGGGUGGGCGACCCCAUACGCCUGGAGGUGCGGCUGACAAACCGGAGCCCACACAGCGUGGGGCCCUUCGCCCUCACCGUGGUCCCCUUCCAGGACCACCAGAAUGGCGUGCACAACUAUGACCUGCACAGCGCCAUCUCCUUCGUGGGCUCCAGUACCUUCUACCUGGAUGCGGUGCAGCCUUCGGGCCAGUCGGCCUGCCUCGGGGCCCUCCUCUUCCUCUACACGGGCGACUUCCUCCUGCACAUCCAGUUCCACGAGGACAGCAGGAGCAAGGAGCUGCCACCCUCCUGGUUCUGCCUGCCCAGCGUGCAUGUGCGCGCCCUGGAGGCACAGCUUUGAGCCUCAGUCUGGGUCCCUGUUUCUGCAGGGAGAGGCCAGCUUGGCCCUCACCUGGGCAGGGGGCAGAGCCUUUGCUGUAGCUCCCGUCCCUUCUCCACCCCUGCCCCUCCCUCUCCCCC